UUAAUACGUAGGAUCUAUAUAAUUGGGCAUACUGCUACUACGUGGAUAAGAAAAGAAGAAAGUCUAAAAUGUCUUGAAUGGCACCUAAAUCCAUUUUCUUUAUCCUCAUGAUAAUCUCCAUAUCAGCAGAACUUAUAUCAGCUCAAGAUGAAUGUCAGACUGAAGAAUCGGGUGAUUGCGUUAACAAAUCUCGUGCACAACCACUUAAGAUAAUUGCUAUAGUUUCCAUAUUGGUUACUAGCAUGAUUGGUGUGGGUGCACCACUUUUCGUAAAGUAUAUUCCUGCAUUACAUCCAGAUCGUGAUCUAUUUGUUAUCGUAAAAGCGUUUGCAGCAGGGAUUAUUCUUGCAACCGGGUUUAUGCAUGUAUUGCCUGAUUCAUUUGAUAUGUUGUCGUCGACUUGUUUGUCAGAUAACCCAUGGCAUAAAUUUCCAUUUACUGGAUUUGUAGCAAUGCUUUCUGCUAUUGUUACACUAAUGGUGGACUCAAUGGCUACUAGUUUCUAUACUACUGCGAACAAUAAGAAGAUGAUCCAACCUACGCCAGAAGGUGAUCAUGAACUGGGUAGUACAACCGAAGGAGGUGGUGCUAGUGGUGGUUCUCAUAUCCAUUCUCACGGCCAUUAUCAUGGUGGUGCACUCAGUAACUCCAAAGGGGAACCUAUUGGAGCUCAAUUACUUCGAUAUCGAGUUGUUGCAAUGGUAUUGGAGCUGGGUAUUGUUGUGCACUCAAUUGUAAUUGGCCUUGGAGUAGGAGCUUCAAACAAUACUUGCACCAUAAAGCCUCUUGUUGCUGCACUUUGUUUCCAUCAAAUGUUUGAAGGGAUGGGGCUUGGUGGCUGCAUUAUGCAGGUAAUCCUUUAGUUAUAAGAAUUUGUUUAUGUUGAUCGUUUCUCCAUAUAACAUUUUCCCGAUAAAUGUCAUAUAACCAAGUGGAAAAAAUGACAAAUGCAUAGAAAAGAUAGAUAUCGAGAUGUACAAAUAUACCAGGAAUUCUAGACUCUUUAACCCGAGG